UGGCGCUAUGAGGGCUGUCCCUCGGCCGCCAUUUUGUGCCUAGGCGCGUCUCUCAUAAAAACAUUAUUUCUAAGUAGUGUGUCGUUGUGCGGUGGUGCCUGGGUUGUGCUACUUAGCCCGGGCAGGUGUGUGUGAGGGUAGAUCUCAGCUCUGAGUCUGUCUCCGAGACGCGGGAGCAGUUGUGGUGGGGAGUGGUCUCGCUGCUGGCUGACUGGGUUGGCUUUAGCUGAACUCUUGAACCCCUCGUGACCUCCCGUCCUCGCUUUAAUGAGUGUGACUCUUGCUUGGCGGCCAGCUGACUUCGGUGGAAGCUCCGCAAGUGUUGUGAAGGGAAGCGUUGGCAGAGUCAGCCCACAGAGCGUGGCAAGCACUGCCGCCUCGUCCCAGGUCACCUUGUCUUUAUCAGCUCUCUGGCUACUGGGGUUCUUUUCCUGGCCAGUCCUCUCCCCAGCAGAAAUGCGGAAAAACCAGUUCUGUGGUUAAUUACUGCACUUCCCUCCACGCCCAUGGGUUCGGCUGCCUCCUCCUCCUCUUUUCUCCCAGCCUGGGUGCACUUCGGCCUCUUUGCCCCAGCCUGUUCUCUGCCGGCUCAGGUGCACCAUUAGGCCUGCAUAUUCAUUCUGUUAAUCUCAGGGCUUCUCCUGCCUUCCCAUCUUGUUCCUGCAAGGCCUGCUGGUGGCUCCUUCUCCCUCAGGGUGCACCGCAGGUGCAGAAGACACGGGCACCUGCACUGCCCAAGAGGGUGACAAUUUGACACCAUGGCUGGAGGUGAUAAGAGCAUGAAGGCCCUGAGGGAGGUGUGGAGAAGAGCAGAAAACUCAUUGUGUGCAGACUGCGGGAAGCCGGAUCCUGACUGGGCAUCCUCUACCUUGGGUGUCUUUAUAUGCCUUAGCUGCUCAGGAAUUCACCGGAACAUCCCUAGCAUCAGCAAAGUCAAAUCCCUGAAGAUGGACCACUGGGAUGAUGCUCAGGUGCAGUUUCUGGCCAAGCAUGGGAAUGCUGUGACUAAGGCCGUGUAUGAAGCUCACAUCCCUAUUUACUAUUACCAGCCAACCUACAAUGACUGCCAGGUGCUGAGAGAACAGUGGAUACGGGCCAAAUACGAACGGAAAGAGUUCACUGAGCUUGGAAAACAGCUACUGUACACAGAUGGGGUGAAGGAAGGCAUCCUCUGGAAGCGAGGUCGAGACAGUGGGCAGUUCCAACCCCGCAAGUUCCUGUUGUCAGAGAGAGAGGGAUGUCUGAAGUACUUCACCAAGCAGGAUGCCAAAGAACCCAAAAUCAAUGUCAAAAUAGAUGUCAUCAAUGCUACAUUCCAACCAGAGAAGAUUGGGAACCCCAAUGGCUUGCAGAUCACCUAUCUCAAAGACAACAAGACUCGGAAUAUAUUUGUCUACCAUAAAAGUGGAAAGGAGGUGGUGGACUGGUUCAAUGCCAUUCGGUCCGUGCAGUUCCAUUAUCUGAAGGUAGCAUUUCCCAUAGCCAGCGAUAAUGAGAUUAAAAGCCGGCUGACAAGAAACUUCUUGAAGGAAGGAUACAUGGAGAAGACAGGUCCCAAGCAGAGAGAGGCUUUUAAGAAGCGUUGGUUCACACUGGAUCACCGCAGGCUCAUGUACUUCAAGGACCCUUUGGAUGCAUUUGCUAAGGGUGAGGUAUUUGUGGGCAGCAGAGAGAAUGGCUAUAGCGUCCAGAAGGGAUUGCCUUCAGGGACACAAGGCAACUUCUCUUGGCCCUAUGGCAUCACCAUUGUCACGCCUGACCGAGAAUACCUCUUCACCUGCGAGACAGAGGCUGACCAGCUGGACUGGAUCACAGCUUUCACAAGCAUCAUCAACCAGGCCAUGACACCACAGGAAUAUGCCAUUGAAGCCUACUUCAAGUUUAAAUCAUAGGAAGCCGGACAGGAACCUUGCUGUAACUCAACUCUACCUGGUCCUGUUGGGUGGGCUAUCAGAAGAGGAGAGAAGAUUGAUGUCAGAGAAACACAGUGCUAUUGCAGCCUACUCUUUGAAGCACUUUUUUUUUUUUUUUUUUCUCUCCAAGAACAAUCUUCUUUUUAAGCUGCUUCAAGUCCAAGACUUUGUGAGACUGAAUCCUCAGUGCAAACUGUCAGUGGUAAAUUGCUGUGAUCUGACUGGAUGUUGACAGGCCUUGCCUGUUGAUAGGGCCUCAAAAACUUAGCACUUGCUGUGGUGGACAUGGGACCUAGCAUCACAUUUGCAGGAAACUGCAGGCAGCCUUAUGCAAGAAUGCACAAGGUUUAACCUUGUACAAGAAAACAGCUGCCUUACUGGAGAUAAUGCAGUUGGCUGUAGAGGCUGCUGGACUAGGAGAGACUUUCAUUACAAGAAGUGGCUUCUCUGCUGGUGACAGAGAUGUAAAACAUCUGGUUAUUUAAUCAGCUAGAGCUACAUUUGAAAAAGGUCACGUAAAAGAUUUAAUCUAACAGUCAUGUGAGAUGUGUUUCUUCCAGUCUAUAUGGGCUUGAGAGCUUCGGACCAUGUUUGUAUGGAGAUCAUCUUCUGACUGCUCCUGAGCUCAGAAACAACAGUUAUGUAUGUAUAUGUAAAUGGACAGUGUGUGUGUACCCACAAGAAAAAAGUGGUGGGAGAUGAAAUACUGCCCUAGAGAAGACACUGUGAGGGACAUUCAUGUUAUUGAAGUUCAGCUGUCAGAUUUGAGUCUCUGUAGUUAAACCCAUAGAGAGAGGCUGGCUCCUGCAGGGAGCAGUCGAUAGCAUGUCUUCUAUAUGCUUCUGACACACUGUUGAGUCUAAUACAGCCUAGGGGUUGAUGUCUGAAGUUGGAAUAUGUGAGUAUCUACUGCCCUAUUCUCUGGGUGUCAAAGUCCUGUCACUUGCUUUCUCACCUGUACGUUAUAUAUGUAUAUGUAAUAUACAUUUAUGCAGUAGUGUAUAAGGGAAGUCUUAUGUCUGCUCUCUAAGACAAACGAAGCUCAGAUGUGGGGAAAAAGAGAGCAGGGCAGUGGUUGGCACAAAGGGCCUUGCAGCACGAAUGUCAUACUGUGAUACUCCAGUAGAAGGCAGUGGUGCCCCAACACACUUUUGCUUCCUGCUCUUGCGAGGCAGGCGAAGGAGAUCUUAGAGGAGGAGGAGGGUGGCCUUUGGAGAGAGGAAGGAAGGAGUGGAACUGAAAUAAAUAGCCCCUUGAUCUUUAGGAGCUUGAUGGUUACUAAUGACAAGGGUGGGAGAGUGCCAGGCUAUAAGAAUGGGAGAUCUUUGGUGGUCUGUGGGAGUCUUUGAUUGCACGACUAGGGACUAAAUGCAUUGACUGCACCUCAGGAGAUCUUUGGCUUUGAGUGCGGGGCAGGCCCUCUUACCUUAGCUCAGCUAAGGGUCAGGGGGCAGCAUCAGUUCUUUCAGUUUUCAGGGCUGAUCCUUGUUUCUCUCUUAAAGCCUCAAUUGUUUUUCCCCUCUUGCCAGACUCAGAAGUCUUAUCCUUCAUUAAAUCUUCCUUCAAAGGAGGAAGACUGAGCAAGAGGGAAUGGGGAAAAGAAAGAGAGUAAAAAAAAAGGAGGAGAGAAGGAAGAAGGAAUGUAUCUUCUAAAAUAGGAGCUCCCCUUGUCUCCUUGGCUGGUGACUAGCAGCUCAGUACAAAUUGGGACCACAUUCACACCUGUGUGUGAAGCUGAGUCAGACACAUUCCAGU